UCUGGAAGGUUCUGGGCUGCCCUCAGUCGCUGCUGGGUGGCGGUCGCGGGCGGUCGCUCCGAGAGCUGCGUCCUGCCGGCGUUGCUAUCGGGGCUUGAUUCCUGCGUGGAGUGAGCUUCACUGGUCGCUAUGGGGGUGACUCACGAAGCGGGGCUGUCUCCUCAGGCGUCCCCACAGGAGCAGGACCCCUGCGCGGGGGGCGCGGCGGGCUGGAGCCAGAGCGCUCAGGCGUCUCACGGGAACCAGCCCCGGGGCUGCCCAGAUGCUCCUAGCGGAACAGAAACUGGGUACUGCAGAACAGCAGCCAAAGCGGAGCAGGCUUCUGACAGCAGCCGCCUGGAGAAGGCGGUGGGCCGGAAGACCGAGGCCAUGACAGGCUGCAUGGAUGACUUAACCCUCAGCUCGCCCAAGAAGAGAGAGGCCUCUCCGAGGUCCAAGAGGAGCUGCGGGCGGUCAUCCACGAGGUCAUCCAGCAGGUCCUCUUGCAGCUCCCGCUCCAGUUCCAGCAGCUCCUCCUCGGCGUCCUCCCGCAGCUGGAGCCGCUCCAGGUCGCGGUCGCGGGCCCGGCGGCAGGGCUCGCGGCGCUCGCGGCGGCUCUCGCGCUCCUACUCCCGCAGCCGCUCGCGGUCGCGCGGCUACCCCAGGUACCGCGGCCGCUACCACGCCCGGCGCUACCGCCGCUACCGCCGCUCGCCCCCGCGCUACCGCUCCCGCAGCAGGUCCUGGUCUCGGGGCAGAUCCUACUACAGGAGGUCCUACUCGAGGAGCAGGUCCCGUUCCAGAGGCCGCAGGUACUACGGCUUCGGGCGAACCAUCUACCGCGAGGCUUACAGGAGCUGGAGGAGCAGGUCCCGGACCAGGUCUCGCAGCAGGUCACCUCUCCACCUGAGUGAAAAAGACAAGAGGGAACUGCUGGAAAUUGCAAAAGCUAAUGCUGCCAAAGCUCUGGGAACAGAUAACAUUGUCUUGCCAGCAAGCUUGAAGAUCCUUCCACCUUCCAAAGAGAUCAAAACUGAGAAAGCAGAGCAGGGAGAUGCUGGCGAGUCAGCUGAGCAGUCCAGAAGACUUGAAGAAGACAUGGCCAGGAGUGGGAUGGAGAGAGCCACCAUACAGAGGAGCAUUUCUUUCAGUCCUAAUAACACAAUGGCAAAGCCAGUGCUGCAGAAACCAGCCAGCAAUGUGGUUAAAGAGCCAGCAGUUGUUGUGGCCAAAGAAGAGGACAAGAAGGGGGGAAGUCCCUAUGGGCAGUGGGUUCCUGUCAAGAAGGAGGAGAAGAAAACCUUCCUAAACUUCUCACCUAAAAGUGCAGCCUUCAGGGCACGUUAGUGCCUGUGUCCCUGCCUGACUGCAGCCCUCUGCUCCCCCCAGUAGUGAGAUCUGAACUCUGAUCAGGUUGAGGACACUUCUGUUGUUGUUAAUACUGAGUAUUUAUUUUGAGAUGUUAAUUUUGGAGUCUUAGGUUUCUCUUUCAGAUCUAGAGCACAGUGAUCCAGGAAGCCCCAGCUGGGAGUCUUGUGUAUAUUUGUAAAUCUUUUGUAUUGCUUUAAUGGACUCUAGAACCUUCCAGGUGGGUAACUUUUUCUAACCAAUAGUUGAGUAGCUGUUCUUUUGCACAUGCACAGUGUGGAAUUGUUUACUUCCCAGUCAAUAAACUUUAGUUUUGCACUGGCU